AUGAAUCCGUCCGCCACCUCUUCAGCCGCGGCGCUUGCCCGCCGGCUUGUGGCAUUGCGGCACCGCGCUGCGUCCAGCACCGCGCCCCUCUCUUCCGUCACCCUCUCCGUCGACGCCGCCGCCGGCCGUCGAGCGUCCUCGUCGUCGCAUGGAGAGCAGCCCGCUCGCCCUCCGCGGCGCGAUCAGCACUUCAGCGUCCGCACACCGAGACCCAGACAUCCACGGAACGGCUACGGCGACUCGGCAAAGUUCGUCGGACGCAGCACCAACGGGCGCGAUGCGGCCGGCCGCGCCGCCUCGAAUCGCUCGGACACGUCGAUGCAGCAGCACGACCGACUGCCCGGACCGGCGAGGGAGGCCGUUCUGUCGCUGCGAGCUGCGCUGGUCGGCCAGGACUACGACGCCGUCUGGGCGUGCUGGGAGAAGCUGGAAACCACGGGCGAGCGGCUCUCGGUGCGCGACCAGGCGGGCAUCCUCGAGCUGUGCCUCCGUCGGAUACACCCGGCGGCUCCGGCCUUCUCAUCAUCGUCGCCUUCGAGGGACCUGCCGAUCCGGCCAGAGCCAUGGGAUGAUCGCUGCUGGAGCUGGGCGCUGGCAGCGGUCGAGACGCGCAAUCCCCAGCUGCUCGCGGGAUGGGCCAAGCUGGCCAUCAUCGCCCGCCGAUUCGAACUGGUCGACGAACUGGUCGAGCGCGUCGUCGCCGGCCGCGGUGAAGAGGCUGUCGAUGCCCAGACCAAAGCAUCCCUCCCCGCUCAGGACGCGGCAAGGCCCGGCGGCGACGAUGCAGGCGAAGACGCGGGACAAGCUGGCGCUGGUGCGGGCAUGGCCGUCGACGACGACGUAGCUGCAGCUGCAUCGUCACACGAGACGACGACGGCACCGAGCGCCAAGGCCCCGCAUCGGCUGGGCCGCCUCGAUCAGCAGGCCAUGUACCACGAGCUGCUGGCGUGCCUCGUCACCGCCAAGGCGAUCCGCGACGACCUCCGAGGGCUGGUGGCCACGAUGCGCCGCAUCGAUAUCGGCGCCAUCUUCAACGCAUUCUUCAAGCCGAACAAGGUGGCCGAAGUGGCAAACGACCUCUUCCGCCAGCUGCGGUCGCGCGACCUGAGCUGCGUCGCACCAUCGUCUUCGUCGUCGUCGUCGUUGUCUUCGACCGCGCCUCCGCCUCCAGUCCCGGCUGUGCCGGCCGACAUGGAAGACCUGCGGGUCCUCAGGGACCGCGUGGAUCGCUUCGUGUCGCAGGCCGAGCUGGCGCGCUGCCACUCAUCGAGCGUCGACUCUUCGCGGCGCAUCGCCCGGCUGCUGGGCAGUCUCUUCAACCUGCGGCGGCCCGAUGCGGUAUGGCCGCUGUUUGAGGCGGCGAUGGAGGCGACAACGGGCAGCGAGGCCUGGCUGCCGCUGCAGGGCGCCAAGCCGGGGCGUCCGGAGGAGCAGACCGAAGGCCCCGCCGGCCUCGCCUGGACCGAGUCGUGCUGGGCCGUGUGCCUGUCGGGCUUCCUGGCCGCGGGCAAGCCGGACCUCGCGCUCAAGGUGUGGGCCAAGUACCACGAGCUCGGCUUCCAGCCGACACUGCGCAUCUACAACGCCCUCCUCGACGGCUACUCGCGCGCCAAGAACUACGAGGCGGCGGUGCGGACGUGGCACCAGAUCACUGCCCCGAAACCGGCAGCCACCAACGCUGGCGACGCGAGCGGCGCCCCUCCGUCGGCCGCCGCAGCGUCGCCGCCAGCCAUCGUGCCGGACGCCACCAUGUGCACGACCAUGAUCUCGAUCUUCUUCCGGAACCGCCAGCCGGGCGCGGCCCGGCAGCUCUUCGAGGAGAUGCGGCGGCGGCACGCGUCGAGCACCGACGAAUUCCGCAUCCCCACCGAGGCCUGCAACGCCAUCGUGCACGGCCUCUGCGUCAAUGGGCAGACGGACGAGGCGCAGGCGGUACUGGUGCAGAUGCAGGAGCGCGGCCCGCCGCCGUCGAUCACGACGGUCAACGCUCUGCUGCGCGCCCACGGCCGCAGCGGAGACCUGGCCUCGCUCGCUGCCACGCUGCGCAUCGUCGGCCAGCUGCAGCUCAAGCCGGACGUGGUGACGUUUACCACGGUGCUCGAUGCGCUGCUGCGAAAGGGCGGCAACCCGGCGGGCGACUCGGUGCGGAGGAUCCUCGAAAUGAUGGAGGGCAUGGGCGUGCGCGCCAACGCCGUCACCUACACGGCGCUGAUCAAGGCCUGCCUGGUGGGCAGCGAGGCGCUUGGCGUCGACCUGGCGGCCGAGAGCCUCUUCUCGUCCCAUCACCGUGGCGGCGGCCGAGGCGCGGACGCAGGAGGAGCAGCGAGGACGACGACGGCGACGGCGGCUUCGUCGGGGUCCUCCGACGGCCGAGGCGGCCCAGCACCGGGCCCUGUCGCGGGGGAUGCGCGCAUCGACGCUGCGCUCGAGCUACUGGACCGCAUGAUCAAGAUGCGCAUCUCGCCGACCGAGGUCACCUACACGGCGCUCAUCGGCGCGGUGCUGCAGAACCCGCAGGUGGUGGCGUACGCCUUUGAGCAGGGCCAGAUACCGGCGCAGUACGCCGUCGUGCCGCGGCCGCUCAGGGCACUCCAGGAGACGGCCGACACGGUGCGCGAGUGGCGCGACCGCACGCCCGACGUCCUGCUGGGCGGUUCCGGUGCGCUCGAGGCGGCGCUCGAGGACCGGAGCACGCUGGCGCGGGCCGGCUCGCUCAGCUACGCCAGCUGGGUCGUCAUCCUCUCGGGCCUGAGCGCUCGGCUCGAGCAUGGCGCCGCCGAUCCGGCGCAGCGGCGCGAGUGCGCGCGGGCGCUGCGGACCGCGCUCCACCUGAUGCGCGUGUGCGGCGCCGACGAGCUCAAGGGGACCGACGGGGGCAGGGCGCUGGUCAGGAUCGCCGAGGGGGCGCGCACCCUGCUCGGCACGAUGCGGGUCUAG